CCCUCUGUCAAACAGCAACCGAGUGAACUUUGAGGUGUUUGGUGAGGAGUGGGUAAUGGUGGCCGUUGUGAAAAGUGUUAAAUAACCAUGUCUUUAGAGACCCGUUCGAAUUCGGCCCUUUUCAAAAGGGCCGAGCAAUUGAAACGUUGGGAGGACUCGGACACGAAUCGCGAGCCGGUUUAUCCGAAACAAACCUCGCGGAAAAUCAAAUUUUCGUCGGGUUGUGUGUUCCUUGCAGCGUGCGCCGCGGGUGAUAAAGAUGAAGUCUUGAGACUUUUGGAAAACGGUGCCGACAUAAACACUGCCAAUGUCGAUGGUCUUACGGCCCUCCACCAGGCGUGCAUUGACGAUAAUUCCGAAAUGGUCGAAUUUUUGGUCGAGCACGGAGCGGACGUAAAUCGUGGCGAUAACGAAGGAUGGACACCAUUACAUGCAACAGCAAGUUGCGGUUUUUUGUACAUUGCCAAAUAUUUAAUUGAAAAAGGUGCAAAUGUUGCCGCCGUUAACAACGACGGUGAAUUGGCCGUAGACAUCGCAGAAUGUCAAAAAAUGGAAGAUUUACUAAACGAAGAAAUCAAAAAGAGAGGAAUUGACUGUGAUGCAGCUCGCAACGAAGAAAAACGUAUCAUGUUACAAGAUGCUAAAGAAUGGUUAGCGACCAAAAGUACACUUGUGGACGCACCACAUCCCAAAAAUGGGGCUACGGCACUUCAUGUAGCUGCAGCCAAGGGAUAUACGGACGUUAUGAAAAUUUUGCUUCAAUGUGGGGCAGAUAUCGACGCUCAGGAUAUUGACGGGUGGAGUCCUUUACAUGCUGCGGCUCAUUGGGGACAUAAGGACGCUUGUCAAAUUCUGGCAGAAAACCUAGCUGAUAUGGAUGCGAAAAAUUAUGUCGGUCAAACUCCGUUUGAUUUAGCCGAUAAUGACAUGUUGAAGGUUUUGGAGGAUCUCAAGAAGAAGCAAAACAAAGAGGACGUGCUUAAUAGGCGGCAAGCGAAAAAGAGAGCCGAAAUACAGGAUAGGACUAUUGAAACUGAAACGCCGAGUAAAGUUAAAAAAGUCGAAGUUGAAGCAGAAAAGGAGGAUAAAGAAGAGGAUAAUAUCGAAAUGGACGUGUCUAGUGAAAGUGAAUCCGAGACUGAAAGCAGUUCUGAAACAGAAUCGAACAGCACUGAUGAUGAGAAGAAGAACAGAGUGAAUUCUUUAGAUGCAGUAAGCAUAUCAAAUAAGCCCGCAGAACCUACAAGACUGCCACCUAGUGUGCCUCCUAAACAAUUAGUUGAUUCAAAUAACGAAGAUAAUGCGCCCUCUUGGAGGAAGCAGAACACACGACAGACCAAAGCCGAUUUACCAAGUCCUGUAAAAACAAUCGCCGAUUCUGUAAAUAAUGAAAACGACGUUACCCUCAGAAGACCCACUAGUUUACAAGCGGAUAAAGAGUUCUACUCGAAAUACGAGGAACUGCAUGCACGCAUUAAGAAAUAUAGAAAUAGCAAUGACAUUAUUCCUUAUUCGACUAGACCUCAUUCCGACAUUAUCCCAAAUUCCUAUUCAACUUCUCAGCAGCAUUACAGAAGUUUGAAAGAAGACAGCAACGAAAAUAACAGUACAUCAUCAACGAAAACAUCACCGGUUAUGAGUCCAGUAUCUAAUAAUCAACCACUUCGAAGCGGUUUAAAAUUGCCAAUUGGCACAAAUCAACCUGUCACAACCACUAGCACUCCAACAACUCCUACAACACCUGGUGGCAAUAGACUUCAAAUGUUUAAAAACUUCUUCAAGUCGUUUGUGCCACCCGUUCGUGACGAAGAAAGUGAAACGCAACGCAAAGCUCAUGCGAAACGUGUUCGUGAGACGAGGCGUUCGACUCAAGGUGUAACAUUGGAGGAGAUAAAAUCGGCUGAACAAUUCGUUAAAAAGAAGAAUCAACCGAAUUGCAAUAACAACAAUAACGAGCAAUCUGGAGCUAACGGGGAUUCCCCUAACGGAGUGAGUGUGACCGCUACAAUAACCACUGCGGCACCUACUGUUAUAACACGUGAUACUGAAGAACCCAGUAUUACUCAUGAGCGUAGGCCGUCGUGGAGGCUGAAAAUUGACAGUAGUAGUAAGUUUAAACUGGAAGAUGCAACGAAAUCCUCUGAACCACCAAGCACUCCGUCCUUUGUCCGUCGCACCGUCACACAAAAUACCACCACGAAUCCUAGACCGUCAUCGGCACCGGUCGAAACGGCCGAAACUACGGUCACGUUACCAUUGAGAAGACCAAAAACUCAAGAUGAAAAAGAACAAGACAAAGAAAAUGACGUACGCAACGCUCAAGCCACUCUCGCCACACAGGCGGCCAUCCAACGAAGAAGGAGGCCCAAGAGGAGGUCCACAGGGGUCGUCUCGUUUGAAAAUAUGGAUGAUAUGGAUCAAGAUAAGGAUCCGUCAGGAGGUGGUGAUUAUGAAGAUAGUACGAAAUUAAAUCACGAAGAGAGUGAUAGGUCGAGCAGAUCUCGUUUAGGAAGCACUUCGGAUAUUAGGAACGAAAACGGCGAAAUUGACUAUAAAAAAUUGUAUGAACAAGCACUUGUCGAAAACAAUGAACUCAAGGACAAACUGAAAAAGUCAGAUCAAGAAUUGAGGGAUACAAAACAGACACUGGAGAAGCUCAAAGUUGUGACGAGUAAAAAUUCGUUAUCGGAAUUAGAGAAACGCGAACGGAGGGCAAUGGAACGAAAGUUGAGUGAGAUGGAGGAGGAAUUAAAGCAAUUGCAAAAAUUGAAAGCCGAGAAUGAACGUUUAAAGGCUGACAACAGGUCUCUCACUCGUGUCAUCACCAAACUUACCAACUCUCCAAAAAAAUAGCAGUUGGAUAUUAUGAAGGUAGAAAAUCAAAAGCUAAAGGACGAGAAUGGAGCGCUUAUUAGAGUGAUUAGUAAGUUAUCGAAAUAGCAUAAGCCUUAGAAGUUUUAAUUUUCCUAUUGCAUUUUACUCUGAUUACUAGAACUUCGUAGUCCGAAGUCGUUUCCUUCCUUUUUUUGUUGUAAUCAAGUAUUAUUGUUAUUUUUUAUUUAUUGAAAAUUGUACGAAACGAAUGACCACAUUCAAGUAAUGUCUGCUUCAAAUCGGUGAAUUUGAGGCAAAUUUUACAUUUUGACAUAAUAAGGCAUUUGUGUUGGAUUGCUUGUAGUUUGCUGGUUGUGUGAUAUUAUUUGCUUUUUAUUUAUUUUGACAUUGUAGGAAAAGACAUGUAUUAAACACUUCAUUUUUACCUACUAAACGAACAUGUCAAUUUAAAGUAUAUUUUUUGUAAAACAUAUAAACAUGUUGUAUUAUAUAAAUGUAUUUAAAUGUACUGUACUUUGUGAAUAACUUAUUAUUAACAAUUGUUGUGAUUUUAAUGUUACAAAAAAUAUAUAAAUUAUUUGUUUUUUCUUGAUAUUUGUUUUAUAAUGCUUGCAUUUGAUCAAAUAUAAGCAUUAUAAAAGUUUGUUUUCCUUAGGUAAUGUACAAAAUCGAUUUUUAACGAAAAGUUUAAAUUGUUAGAAUCUAGUCCAAAGAUGAAAAACUUGCGACAAAUUUUGUUGAGCACUUUUCACUUGUUAGAUGUUUUUAACUUUGAAAUUAUGCCAUAAGGUGCUAAAUAUCACUAAGUUCAAAUCAAAACUUUACAUAUGAAUUUUGUCUGUGACCAUAAUAAUAAAAAUUGGACUGAUGAAUGUUUUGUUUCAUUAGCGAAAUUACAUUUGUACAUACAGUUUGUUAAUUUCUAGCGUUUUAACGUUUUAUUUCAUUGAACUUGUGCCUUGCUUCUCUUUGUAUUUAUUAUAUAAAUUUUUAGUUAGUGUGUAAAUUAUUUCAUGUAUUUAUUCCUUGUUUAGAGGCUGGUAGAAUAUCAUGUGAAUAGUGAUUUUAUAGCUGAUUCUUUAAUAAAAUCCUGAUACGAA